AUGAUUUGUACGAGACCUGAUCUUGCAUUUGCACUUUCUCGCCUCUCCAAAUUUGUGCAGAAACCAGGUAUAAAGUAUGCCACAGCGCUUAAGCGUGUACUCAGCUCAACUUAUGAUGCUGAAUAUAUUGGACUAGCAACUGCAUCAUAUGAGGUUAUCUGGCUUCAGAAACUCAUUCUCGCUAUCCUGCCUCAGUAUGCAGAACAUACAAUGCCUUCCAACACAAUUCAUUGUGAUAACCAAGGCGCCAUUGUAACUGUGAAUCAACCUAGUCACUCGCCCUCUACUAGGUCAAAACAUAUCAAUAUCUAUUUCCACGUUAUACGCGAGGCUAUCGCAAAUGGCCUUAUUCGUCUAGAGUAUAUUCGUAUAACAGAAAUGACGGCCGAUAUAUUGACGAAAGCACUACCGAAGGAAUUGCAUGAACGUCAUUGGGAGGAUACUAGCCGAUCGGACGCCUUUGGUGAGAUCCCGGAUGAGUGGGAGUGUCAGCGUGCUACACCCGUGGAUCUCCCUCCGGCGCGGAUCAACUAUGCUCCGAGAGUCAUCACAUUAACACCCACCACGGGACCACGUGACGAUCUCUUGGCAGAAUUACGGGCACGCACUGGGAGACCUUGCGGGCACGGCAACCGGCAGAACCCGGGAGCGGGACAAGGCGGUGACGGACCAGAUUGUGGAACGGACGCAGGUUUUGACGUCGGUCGCGCCCGAAAACAGGCGUGUCGCCACAAAUCACAAUUGUUUAUAGAGUCAUUCCAAACUGUUCUGUGA